GUGAAUUAUUUUGCGGCACUAUGGUAGCAGGUCCUCGGUCACUGAAGAUUACAUCAAACCCCAACCAUGGCAUUCGUGUUAACGCUUCCACUGUUUCGCUUGCCAAGGAUCGGCCCAGAUCGACGGGAUCUAUUCUAACCCCAAAAUUUCGCACCAGAGAGGAAAUGUCAUUUGAUAAAGCGGUAAUGCGACUUCGACGAGGUCGUGCAAUAACCUUACGCUCAAAACCCAUUCUACCCGGUAUGCCUGCUUUCAGAACAGAAUAUACCUUUUUACCUAACAACCACUUGAGCAAUACUCACCGCAACAGAAUGACUUGUUGCAAUGGUUUACACAAUGGUCGAUUUCCAAGCAUCGCAUCUAACCGUAUCGAUUUAAAUGCGAAUGGAGCGGUUUGCGUGCGUAAGCGCCAUCGAGAUCUUUCACCUGAUAUUGUGAUGGAUUUGCUGAAUUUACCUCCUCUGCCUUGCUCACUCAAACUUGGCACCCCUUUUGAAGCAAGUGGACAUCGGAAUCAACUUCGACAAAUUGUCACACAUUCGGCUUUGAACGACUUUGUGGCGGCCAAACAACCUUCACAUUCCCAGAAAGGAAUACUCCAGUAUCAUCCUGCUGUAACACAGUGUCCCCAUCCUGUCCGCAACCCGAUAUUCGUCGCCACCGAGAGCGCCUUGAAUCAGCAUUGGCUAAAAAUGGGAAAAGAUUUUGCUAUCCGUCGAUGUUCUUCUGAGUCUCUCUCCUCAUUUGAUAAAGCGGACUCCUCUGGUUCAAGAGACGAGUGUGAAUUUCACUCACCCAUCCAACCGGAUCUUACAAUAGCCGAUCUUCAAUACCUGAGUAAUUUUGCUCAAGAUUGCAGUCGAGAUUUCUCAGGCUGACACGGCGAAACGCAUUCAUUGGCUUAUCACGAGUACUGAUAUACGACUUUCACCGUGUGCUUUGAGAAUGCUGUUUUCACAAUGUCUAUCAUUGAAUUUGGCCUCCUAUCGACUGGUGUGUGUUCAGGCACUACUCAUGUACAUGUCUAGAUGGGCAGACAACAUGUUAACGGGUCGAUCACACUCGGGUUGUCUACUUAAGCACUAUCUCCUUUUUAGUGUCACUGUUAGUAAAUUUCCAACUAACUUGC